AGGAGGAGGAGGAGGAGGAAGAGCAGGGGCCUGGGGUCGGCGGAGCCCCGUGUCGGUGCAGCCGGCGGCGGGCGGCCGCUGUCCCGCGGCGCCCCGGCGGCGCCCCGGCCGUGUCUGUGUGCGAUGAAGAAGCCGGACGGGAAGGUGGUGCUGCUGGGGGACAUGAACGUGGGCAAGACCUCGCUGCUGCACCGCUACAUGGAGCGGCGCUUCCAGGACACCGUCAGCACCGUCGGCGGCGCCUUCUACCUGAAGCAGUGGGGGCCCUACAACAUCUCCAUCUGGGACACGGCAGGACGGGAGCAGUUUCAUGGCCUUGGGUCUAUGUACUGCAGAGGAGCAGCUGCCGUGAUCCUCACAUACGAUGUGAACAGCCUCCAAAGCCUGUUGGAGCUGGAAGACAGAUUCUUGGCGCUGACGGACAGUGCAAGCGCUGACUGCAUUUUUGCUAUUGUUGGAAAUAAAGUUGACCUCACUGAUGACUGUACUUUGCCACCUGAUGAAAAUAGACCUGAAAAGUCAGUUGCCAGCUGUGGCGCAAAGGUGCGAAAACAAGUCCGUGCAGAGGAUGCGAUUGCGCUCUAUAAGAAGAUAUUGAAAUACAAAAUGCUAGAUGAGAAGGAUGUUCCAGCCGCUGAGAAAAUGUGCUUUGAGACCAGUGCAAAAACAGGAUAUAAGGUGGACUACUUGUUCGAAACUGUGUUUGAGAUGGUAGUGCCAAUAAUUGUAAGGCAGAAAGCUGAGGGGCCACCCCAAACUGUAGACAUCACUGACUACAAGCCAGCAAAAAGGACAAAAUCUGGGUGUUGUGCCUGAAACAUUUACGUGACGUAAGAAAUGGGAGGGACUGUUCACUGUAGCAGACUGAAGACUAAAAAGUUGUUACAGUUCACCAGAAAAGAAAAGUGAAAGAAUAAAUAGACUGUAAUGGUUUAUGUGGGAGAAGAAAAAAAAAAGCCCCACCCACAACCAAGUCUCCUGAAUAUUAAAUGUUUCUGGGAAACUCUGGUGUGUGAGAAUGUGAGUGAAAUUAUGGAGGAGGACUUGCCAGUUUCCAAGGGCUCAGAAGACAAAUUGUGUUAGUACGUUUGGUAAGGACAAUCAUUUGAGCAGUUUUGAAGGAGUCUUAUUUUUAAUGACUCACCAUUUCGUGUUGCAUAUAAAUGAUCUAUUUGUAUACUCUAUGCAGCUUUCAAAUGAUUAUCAUCUUUACCCUUGUGAUUCUAACUUUGGAAGAUUGAACACAUGGUACUUUUUUUAUUCUUAAAGAGAAAAAGAAAAUCCAGAUAUAAUUUAUAUUUGUAGCUAAUAAAGUGAUUACAGUCUUCUUAUGUCAGUUAUGACACUGUAAGAUUCAGAAGCUGUACUAUUAAAAUCACUGUGGAUAUGUA